AGAUAGAAGUGUUACUACAGAGCUGCUGCUGCAGGAGGAGGAGAGGCGAGGAGCUGUUGAAAAUGAUGCCGCUCCGCUCCUCAGGGUCCAGCAGCACACUGGACAAACUGUAAUCUCUUAAACGUGCCGGUCAGUGUUGAAGGAGGAAGGUUUUUAUUGUUGCAUCUUCCUGCUCGUCUCUACUCACUCCUCAUUUCUCUGCAACUGGCAGCUGCUGGGCUCCCCCCCAUCUCUUAUUCCCACUUUCUUCUUUCCAGUGGAGGGAAUUCUCCUUUUUCACCAGGAAUUAUAAAAGACAUGUCUAUCUGGGAAUGAUGGUGUGGCCACUGGAACCGCCUUCUUUGUCGCCAUGACGAUGCCAUUCAGCCCCCUGUCCAGCGACGAGGAGCAACAAAGGAUGCUGGGAAACAGCAGACAUCUCUAUCCUGGGGCAGAAGACGAGGAGGAGGAGGAGGAAGAGGAAGAGGAGGAAAUGGAAGAGGAUGAGCGCGACGAGGAUGUCGAGGAGGAGAACGGUGAGCUGGAGGGGGAUGAGGAUGAUGAGGAGAUGGUGGAGGUCAGGCGAGGAGGCAUGCCUCGGAUUGGCAGAGGUGAGGGACACAGACAGUCCGGCAAACUGGCCGGACGACCCACUGGAGAUCGACAGAUGAGGCCAGGAAACCCGGCACACACCGCCAAUCCUUAUUCAGCCAAUCCCGGACCCACGCACCAACAAGGAUCCAAUCAGCAGCAGCAACAGAGGAGGUUGAAGGAGCGCACUGCCAACUCAGUGCCAUCUGAAGACGCCCACAUUGCCAUGAUGGUGUUUCGCAUCGGCAUCCCAGACAUAAAGCAAACGAAAUGUCUGCGGUUUAACCCCGACGCCACUGUGUGGAAGGCCAAACAGCAGGUGCUGUGCUCUCUGACCGAUUCCCUGCGAGACGUCCUAAACUACGGCCUAUUCCAGCCUGCCACAGACGGACAUGAUGCCAAGUUCUUGGAGGAGGAGAGGCCCCUCAGAGAGUACCCACAGUCCUUUGAAAAAGGGGUGCCAUAUUUGGAGUUCCGGUAUAAAACCAGGGUUUACAAACAGACCAAUCUGGAUGAGAAGCAACUGGCCAAGCUGCACACCAAGGCGAGUCUGAAGAAAUUCAUGGAUUACAUCCAAACCAGCGCUGUGGACAAGAUGGCCAAGUUCUUAGACAAGGGCCUGGAUCCGAACUAUCAGGAUCCUGACACUGGUGAGACUCCUCUGUCGCUGGCAGUGCAGUGCGAGCCAGGUGGAGGAGAGGCCAUCCGGGUCCUGGCGGACGGAGGUGCUCACAUCGACUUCCGUGCCAAAGACGGACUCACGCCGCUACACAAGGCUGUUCGAGGUCACCGCCAUACAGCCCUGCUGGUUCUGCUCUCUCUGGGUGCGUCUUCAGACUACAAGGACCGGCGGGGGCUGACACCGCUUUACCACACUGUGCUAACUGGGGGCGACACCUCCUGCUGUGAAACACUGCUCUACCACCACGCCAAACUGGGCAUCAGGGACGAGAACGGCUGGGACGAGACGCAUCAGGCCUGCCAAAAUGGGAACUCGCAGCAUCUGGAGCACCUGCUCUUCUAUGGGGCGGAUUCCUCCUCCCAGAACGCUUCUGGAAACACUGCCUUGCACAUCUGUGCUUUAUACAACAAGGAAAGCUGUGCACGAAUCCUGCUGUAUCGUGGAGCAAGCAAAGACAUGAAAAACAACAGCGGACAGACUCCGUUUCAGGUGGCCGUGAUGUCCGGCCAUUUUGAAUUGGGGGAAAUAAUUAAAAACCACCGGGAUACAGAUGUGGUUCCCUUUGUGGAGUCUCCAAAGUACGCCCCCCAGAGGAGGGAGAGCAACCGAACACUGGCGGUGCCCCAUCCUCAUCCCUUCCUUCGGGCCAACAGUGACAGCAGCAUGAACCUGCCAGACUGGAUGGCUGUGCCCAAUGCUCCGAGCACCAACAUAGUUUCUGUGCAGGGGUAUAAACAUACAGGAACACUACGAAGUUCCAGCAGUCCCAGAGGAGCGAGAACGCGAUCCCCAUCCCGAGGUAGGAUCGGAGACAAGGAGGACCGGAGCAGGCAGAGUCAGAGACGGGGGCCUCCCACUACCACCACCACCACCAUACAAACCGCAGGCCAGCGCAGACGCCUCUACAGCGCUGUCCCAGGACGAGUCUUUGUAGCAACUCGAUCACACUCUGCUCAGGGCGAGCGGGAAAUAAGCUUCAGUAAAGGAGACAGGGUCAAAGUGUUGAGUGUCGGCGAGGGUGGUUACUGGGAGGGGACGGUCAGAGGUCGCACAGGGUGGUUCCCCUCUGACUGUGUGGAGGAAGUGGUGCUUCGAAGCCAGGAUAACCGUUCAGAGAGUCGUGGAGAACGAGCCAAAAGGUUGUUUCGCCAUUACACUGUGGGAUCAUAUGACAGUUUUGAUGCUCCAAGCGACUACAUAAUCAAGGAGAAGACGGUGCUGCUGCAGAAAAAAGACAGUGAAGGAUUCGGCUUUGUGCUGAGAGGGGCCAAAGCUCAAACUCCUAUUGAAGAGUUUACUCCCACUCCAGCCUUCCCUGCCCUGCAGUAUUUGGAAUCAGUGGAUGAGGGCGGUGUGGCCUGGAGAGCCGGUCUCAGGAUGGGGGAUUUUCUCAUAGAGGUCAACGGUCAGAAUGUUGUGAAGGUUGGCCAUCGGCAGGUCGUCAAUAUGAUCCGGCAGGGCGGCAACAGCCUCAUGGUGAAGGUUGUCAUGGUAACCCGCAACCCUGACAUGGAGGAAGGCUCGAGGAAGAAGAUCCCACAGCAGAGCAAGAGGCUGAGCACUCCAGCUAUUGCUCUGCGCUCCAAAUCAAUGACUUCAGAGCUGGAGGAGAUGGUGGAGAGAGCUGCUACCCCUUGGAAAAAAAAAUCAGAGUUUGAAUCCUCACAAGUUUCAGAGAAAAAGCGGACAGUCUACCAGAUGGCUUUGAAUAAACUCGAUGAAAUUCUUGCAGCAGCUCAGCAGACAAUCAGCACCAACGAGGCGUCGGGGACACGGGGACAGGGGCCAAAGAGGGACAGGGGAAGAAGUUUCUAUGGCAAUGAGCCAAACUACGGGGAUCAGUCUGGCAUGGGGAUGAUGUCGGGACUGGGACUUGGCUACGAGCGUGGCCAGUACAGCUCGGGUCACGGCCCACAGCACGGUAUGCUGCGGCAGAAAUCUAUCGGUGUGCCUGAGGAGGAGAAGCAGCUCUUGCAUCCUCCUGCUAUGAAGUUUGCACGGAGUCUGUCAGUGCCUGGUCCAGAUGAUAUUCCUCCUCCUCCCACGACAGCUCCUCCGGAACCUCCGUUCUCCUCCGCUCCUCCACUUGGUUGGAGAACGAAGUCGUCCCAGCAGCCCUCUGUUUCUGUGUCUCAGUCAACAUCCAGCUCUACGCACUACCAGCCCUUCUCCCAGUCAGGACACCUGAGCCAGGGUGGCAGGGAGAGAGCAGGUGGUGCUACCACAGGCCACAUCACAGGCCCUGCUGGUGGAGCAACAGACCACACGACACCUUAUGUACACGCAGCUGUCCAUACAGCUCAAAGCAGGACUGCAUCGCGAAAGGUUGCCUAUAGUGGAGAGUCUGUUGGAGCUGGGAUCGGGGCCGGCACAGGGGCUAAACCAGCAGGCCUGAGAAGAGGCUACAGCACAGCCGUACCCCCGUCCAGCAUUGCUACUGUAAUGCCCCAGCAACAACAGACUACCCAGAGUCAACCCCAGCGGACAGACCGAAGUGCAGCUGGAGCAGGUGGCCCAAAAGGAGGGACCAGGAGAGGCAAAGGGCCUCUGGUAAAGCAAUCUAAGAUAGAGGAGCUGCGCCAAGGCCAGGGAAGCCUAGGUAGCAAAGACUCGGUGGAGAAAAGCUCCAUUCCCAUCCCCACCAUAAUUGUCAAGGCUCCUUCAACCAGCAGCAGUGGACGGAGCAGCCAGGGCAGCAGUGUGGAGGCUGAUGUCCCUGGGUCAGGGGAGACAGGUGAUACAAAAACACCUCACGGCCCUCCUCCGUCCACUCCUGCUCCACAGCCACCUGCUCCACCAUCCAUUCCAGCACCACCACCCCCAUCCUUGCCUUCAAUUCGAGCCCAGGAUAAUCUGGACUUUACCAGCCAGUUUGGGGCCGCCAUUGUUGGUGCGGCUCGCCGAGACAGGGAGAGAUUUCUUGAAGCCCGUCGUAAGAGUGCCUCCUUGUUCAUGUCUGCUGAGGAGGACCUGAGUCUUGGGAUGAGUGAAGCAUUAGGAGGAACAUCAAGGACUCAGGUGUCUCAGCAGCAGCUAAACACUCAGCCUGAAAGUUCGUCAACACGAUUGCGCCCUUCCAAGUCAAUUGAUGAGGGCAUGUUCUCUGCAGACACCUUUAUCCAACACACCCGGAGUAUGCCUCCAGCCUUCGGCCUACCGGAGUACGCCUCUACGGCCUUGGACUAUCAGCCCAAAUCUGUGCCUGCUGAUCUGUACACAUCAGCAGGCAGACAGCCAGCUCCCUCCAGCAACACCACUUUCAUUCAUCCUCUAACUGGGAAGGCGCUCGACCCCACAUCACCUCUGGGCCUUGCCCUGGCUGCCAGAGAGCGUGCGCUAAGGGAUGACAGCAGGUUAAGGAGGGGAACGGAGCAUCUCUUCACCCGCCAGAUGUCGAACGUGGUGUUCCCUUCGUCUGCUGUCACCACUCAGCCAGUAUCAUCCACGACGCAGUCUUCGAGCUCUUACUUGGUCACCUCCUCUUCUCUGGCAGCUACCACGCCCACAGUCGGUCGUCCACCCUCACCCAGAAUUCUCAGAGGAGUUGGGGGUACAUGGGAUGAAGAAGGUGGGGAGCGGGAGCGGGAAGGGGGAGGAGCGCGUGAGGGACUUAGAGUUCGGUUCUCUGAGGACAAAACAGUCCACACACACCACUAUCAGUCUCAGCCAUAUCAGCCGUCCUAUAAGGAGCGGGAGAGGUCGCGGGAUCGGGAGAGAGACCAUUCGAGAGAGAGGGAGAGGGACAAAGAGAGAGAAGGUUACAUGAGGAGGGCAGAGCAGGCUGCUGAGAGUUCUGCCCAGCAGCCCCGAAGACCCUCUUUUCUCAGGAUGGAAAGUCAAGCCGAUGCCUAUAUCCUGUCCCUCACACCUCCCUCUCCUCCAGCAACCCUUAAUCAACAGGCAGUGAACACUUCUGGAAGCACUGGGACAGGUUUGAUGGUUCUUCCUCCUCCUGCUCCCUCCGUUGAUGCGGACGAUGAAUUUGUCUACGCAGACCCCCUCCCACCUCCUUUAGAGUUUGCAAACAGCUUUGACAGGGGGAUAUCGGGAUACUCCCAACACAGGAUGCUUUCCAACAGCCUGAUCCAUCGGCAACAACAAGUCCGUCCGCCUCCUCCACCACCUCCUCCACCUCCUCCUCCACCUCCACCACCCCCACCACCCCCUCAAAAAGAACAUUAUAUAAGUGGCUUUCCUGCCCACACACCUCUACACUCUCCUCAAGCAGGCGACUCCACUGCAUCUAGCCUCACAUCGUAUGACAGCGAGGUGGCAAAUCUGACUCAGUCUGCUCCUUCCCCUUCCCAGACAUCACCAAAUCCACCACCCCCUUCCUCACCCUCAACCCUUCAGCUAACCAUGGGUCCUCCUCCUCCCCCUGCAGUCUCGCCUCCACCUCCUCCUGGAACCGGUUCCUACCACAGACCAUUUUCAAUGUCUCACCACCUUUACAAUAGCACUCACACAUCUGGACGAUCCUCACCAACGCCUCCCCAGCAUGCAGUCGCACCUCCCCCAGCUUACCGGGGUCACCCAACUCCCUCCUGCACUGCUGCCACUUCCGUCCCACACAGGGGCAUUGCCUCCCAUGCCACGACCGCUAGCUGUGCUUCUACAACCACCACUGCUGCCACCAAAACAAGCACCUCCACUCAGCUCCAUCAAGAGCGAACACACCACACUCAUUCAACACACUCCACCACCAUCACAGGAAGGACAAGUGAGCACCACCGUCCUCAUCUCACUGCCAAAAAAGGAGAGUCUCAGGAAACAGUUGUGGACUCUGGGAUUGAGGAGCUUGAUAGCCGCAGUAGCAGUGACCACCAUCUGGACAGCAUUUUGGGUCUAAGUGGGGCUGGUGUCCGUGGAGACAGGCUGGAUCGAGGAGAGAGAAUCGGAGCUGGAGGUACAGGGCGGAUGGGUGGGGGUACAGGGGAAACAGAACGAGGAGGAGGGGACUUUCUGGAGUCAUACAUGAGCUACCUGGACGGGCAAACCUUUGAGAUGCAGAAUGCAACGGCAGCAGCUUCCACCUACCCAAAAACCAGCAGGUUCAGAGAAGGUAGCCGCACUACUGACUCUCAUCGACAGACCAGCACCGCUCCUGCAUCCUACCACUCCCACAGGCAAAGAGAUGGGCAGGUAGAGGACAAAAUAGAGGAGGGACUGGGAGACGACGAGAGUGGUCAAGAUGGAUACGGGGUGAGGGACAUGCAGAAUUUGGGCCGUCCCACAUCACCAUACUAUGAGCGACCGCGCACUCCUGAAAUGAGGCCUCUCUGGGGUGACGGCCAGAUGAGCGGCAAUGGGGGGAGCCAGUCAGCGUUGCUUUUAGAGGGAAGGAAGAUAUACCCUCCUGCAUCUAGUAUGAAGCCAAGCAUUAUUAACGAGCUGAGCAGCAAACUGCAGCAAAGAAGUAAAGACAGCUGGAGCAGCCACAGACCACUAAGUAGACACAGAUUUUCUGAAGAUUCAGCCUCAGCUCUGAGCCCGCCCUCAGUCCGCUCCCAGUCUCCGUCUCCAAUCUCUUUAUCACAGCCAUCCUUAUCGCCGUCACCUACCCCGGCCUCCCAGUACCCAAACUGGGGACGUUCCCCAUCACCUCAGCCUCCAGCCGCUUCUCAGCCUCCACGCUCACAUUCCCCGUUGUCCCCAACAUCUUAUUCCCCUUACCCUACAUCUCCCAAGCACAGACCUGUGUACCGGACCAAAGCUCUGGAAUUCCAGUUUAUCCCCAGUCGAGAGUCCCGCAAAGCAGAAUCUCACAUUCUUCAGCGCCGACGAGCUCCGAGUCCGCUCAUCUCUCAAUCAGAGAGGCCCAAAGUGGCCCCACCCCGCCCAUCGUCACUUCCCCUUCUCCCUACUUCACCUCUGUACAGUGCCAUCUACGACCUCCGCGGUUCAAUCACCCCACCGUCACCUGGGAAUCCUCUUGGAGAUCCUUACUUCUCACCCUCUCCUCCCCUGUUCGCCCCCUCUGGGGCCCCUCCACCUCCUAACUCCACCUUAGUAGUCUCACGAUCUCUUUCUCCGACUCAUUUUCUGUCUGGGACAUCCUCUCCACCCCUGCACCCUCACCCACCACCCACCUGUCUCAGUUACCCCCACUUACCACCGCCUUCCCCCACAAAGCCUUUUGCUUCGAAGCCACUGCCCUACUGGACCAAGUACGAUGUUGCAGACUGGCUGGCGUACCUCAACCUUGGUGAGCAUAGAGAACGAUUUCUUGACAACGAGAUCGAUGGCACCCAUUUACCCUCUUUGACCAAGGAAGACUACCUGGAUCUGGGGGUGACACGGGUAGGCCAUAGAAUGAAUAUAGAGCGAGCCCUAAGGAGUGUAAUGGACAGGAUGUCCAGCAGCCCAUUUCCCAUUUCUGUUCUCUCUCCUCGGGAAGGGCAGACUGAGAGGAGGAGGGACGACGGGAGUCGGAGCUGAGGCCGCUAAGGUGGACGGGGAGGGGUUGAAGCCAGCCAGCGAGGGAGGAAGCCAUGGCUGUUGAGCGAACAGAUUUCACACAGACAGCGACUGAAAGAGGGAGUCCCAAAGAGAGGAGGAGAACAGGGUAGAAGAAGAGCUGAUGAUCCGUACCCACACCGGCUGGUGCUCCCUGAUUCACACAAAUACCCCGUACAUCCAUCCAAACACAACCAACAGCAACACAAUCCAACUAAACCUCCUCUCACCGAACAUAGUAGGGCUUCAUGGCUGCAGCCGCGAUUAUAAGGUUACAUUUAUUAAGUGGAACAUCACAAACUAGUUACACUGGAAUAAAUCGGUGUUGGGUUUCAGAGAUGAGUCCUCUAGGACGGCAGGUUGUUUUUGUUCAGGUUUAAGGCGUGAAAGGAUUCAGAGUUUGGUUUCCUGUGAGAUGUUUUAGGAACAUGUCUGCGUGUCAGAAAGGAGGAGGUUCUGUAAUGUGCACAGGAGCGAGGCUUCGUUUGUGUGUGUUUUAUUUUAUUGAGUCGUGGUAAAAAAUAACACACAGCCCGUGUUUUUAGAUGUGAGGAGAUACUGGAAGUGAUCUGGUCUUUACCAAGUUCAUAUGCACAGUCUUCUCGUCAGUUAUUGCGACAGUCCAACAUAACCUCCACCGCUGCAUGUGCUUUCUCUGUCCAAUGUCAGCAGGUCUAUCAUCACAUCAAGCUUCGUCCAUGUGUUUUAACUUCAAGUAAUCUGCCAAAUUGAAAUAAAAAUAUAAGCGUUUAUAUAUUUGAAGCAUUUGUUUUUGUACAUUUUAUGAUAUGUAUUUUUAUUAAGUCGGGAGGCAGUUUUGCUGUAAGCUUAAAUUUCCAGAGAAAAAUCUGUAAAAAAAUAACUUCAGUAACACAGGAGCAUACUGUGGGCUCAGCCCUAUAUGCGGUCCAACCAGUCAGUAUCGGGCCCAUCCAUCUCCAUCAGAUAGCUGUAGAACCCAUACCAAAUUGAUGGGGAGCAGUUGCUUCUGGUCAUUGCUCAUGUCUUUCCGCCUUGGCAUUGUGUUAACACCUGUUGGCUCCAGAGCAGCAAGCUAACAGGACUGGUCAGGACAUCAGUUGAAUUUAAGUAACUCUGUCUUUCCCUCCUAAGUCCCACAGAAGCAGCGAGGGGUGUACUUAAUGUUCCACACACAGCUUUUCCAAAUUGGCUUCAUCUUUAAUUAUUAACAACAGUGUGAAAUCUUUUAUGCUUUGUGCAUUUGAUGUUAGAGUUGAAUAAUUUAAGAGCCUGGUAAAGUCCAGAUCAUUUUCAUAAUAUCCUGAUCCAUAAAACCCAAGAAUCAGGACAGGUUGUACUUUCUUCUACCAUGAUUGCACCUCAACAGCUUCCUCAUCUUUCAGAGGAGUCCAGGGCGCAGAUGAAUGACCGGUGUCUUCGCUGUGUGUGUGUCUGGCUGCGUUUGGUCCCGUCUUGUUUUAUACCUCAUCACCGGUAGGGCUCUGUCCUCACUGCGGAUCCUGUGAUUGGGAUCAAGCGCGUUUAUUUAUUUAUUUUUGGCCCAUAAUAGCUCUUUAUCAUCUUAUAACGACAUACGUACAGACUGGUCACUGUAUCACAAAUUUGUAGCAAAAAUAAGUGCCCAGACCUACAUCAUAAAAAGAAUAAAUGACUGAUAUGCACACAGUCAGGUACCCAUGUUACUGCUUUCCAUGCCUGCAUGCAUACACCAACAUGUAGAUAAACACAAGCACUCUGUUUGUGUCAGAGUUUAACACCUAAUAUAUAAAGUCACAGAGACGUACCUGUGUGCGAAGGAGACAGACUGUGCUUUCAACUGUUACACUGGAUCCAAGAGAACGCGAAAAGAAACCUUCCAAAGGAUUUUAGUUUUCUUCCGGAGAACAACUCUGCUCAGAGCUUCUGGGACCCGGGACACCUGAAAGGAGAGGGGAGGGGAAGAAUAAAAAAAACUACCGUCUUCCUUCCUGACCUGCCCUGUUCCUUCCAGGAGUGGCCUCCCCCCUCUGACGAAAUCCACGCGGCGACAAAGAGAGAUCAUCCAAGAGAAACGCUUGUAUCGAAUUUUAAUACUACGAUUGUUCUUACAGUUUUUAAACUUUAAAUGGGAACACUGGAACACCGAUAUUGAUAUGACGAGAUGUGUUGUUACUCCUUAUCGUUACUAUCAUCGUCCUUACUGUUAUUCCGGCCUCAGAAAAGUCCCGGUUUCUUCCUUACGGGCUCAGGUGGCGCUCAUGUUCGGGCUGAAUCCUGAACAUUGUUUUCACAUGAAAGGAAGCCUUGCGAACAGAAUGUGAAGCACAUUGAUGGAUAUUUUUCCCUUUAUCCUGUUGUUUUUGACUGUGCAGCUUUAAUCAGAUGACCAUGGUAACUUUAAAAGCCUCAAAGUUUGCUUUUUUCCUGUAAACGUUGGUAAUAUUAGUCAGAUGCUGUAACAAUGUAGCAACUGAUACUCUGGGGAUGCCCAGGACAUAUCAAAACUUUUUUUUAUCCAAACCCUAAUUACAACCAGCCCCUCUUAUCUGAUCUGUGUGCCAUGUGUAUUCCCAAAGUCAUUUUACUUUCCCAUCAGCUUUCAUGGCACAUCAACCUCUGAGAUCGACUAUAAGGGCUCUCUCGUGACUUCUUCACGCUCUCACCUCCCCUGCUGCUUUCUGAGUCCGAGAACACAGUCUUAUCAAACUUGGAGUCUAUUUUUGCAGAAAAUUUAGUUUUUCAUGCAUCUCGUUGUACAUAUCUUCACUCUGUCAAUGUAAAUUUGCAAAUGGUGAUUUGUUUUUACAAAAGCAGGGGGUCAGGAGAUUAUGUUUAGACUGCAUAAGGAAAUAGCAAUAAGGACGAUGAAAAUAAUGGUCAUUAAAUACGGUUUAAGGUGUAAAAAAAAGUUCUAAAGAAUCUCUGUCUUCCAAAUAACGUUUAUCAUGAAGAUGUAUUUAUUUAACUGUUCUGCUUUCUAUACAGUUUGACCCAUUCUCUGCAUCUUGCCACUGUUACUGAUCCAAGCUCCGGCCUGUUCGUUCACUCGCAGUUCUUCCAGUUUAUGUGAGCCUGUAUGAUGACACUGCAUUAUUUUUGUAAACAACAUAUAAUGCAGUGGUCGCCUCACCAUCAUUAAGACCUUACAUGUACCAUCACAUGUCUGAAAUGUCAGUAGUAAUGUAUAAUACAGGUCAGAACGUUGAUGGUACCUGCAGGAUACUUUUAUUGUACUUAGAAGUUACUCACAGGUUACUUAAACGGUACUUCUGGGGUGCCUAAAAGGUAAUACCAACGUGGAAUUUGCAAGGUACGUUCUGUGUGUCCUUGUGCAUGAGCCAUUUGGACUUCCUGGCAAGCGGGUCAUUUCAUACUAGCUAGCGGCCCCUACUGGGCAGGUAUUUAAUCACAUUUAUCACACAUUUACGGUCAAGUGGACAGUAGAGCGGACUGGGAGUUAUGAACAAGUCCUUAAGGGGUACCUGUUGAGAUAUGUACUGAGUAUUUACAGGUCCUGUCAGGUAGUUGUGGGGUAUCUGCAGUGUCCUCACAGGGCACCUAAUGAGCUUUAUACAGGACACCUAUAGGUUACUCUUAGGGCACCUACUGGGAGGUUGACAAGGUACAAGCAGGGUACUUACCGGGUACUUUUUUCUAUAUUACAAUGAAAAAUAAUGUUCAACACCAGAUAUUAUGAAAUAUAUUACUACCAACUUCUAAUGAUACCUAACUUAUAUUGACUAAUAGCAUCACAUGCAUACCCUGUAAAUAGCCAUUAAACACCCCUGUAAGUACCCUGUAGGUUCUGACACUAGAGGUACUACUAGAGGUAAUACCUGUAGGUAUUACAUGUUGCUUCCAGCAUAUUUGGUGAACGUUAAAGAGGAUGUUUCUGUUAAACCUGCUGAACCACCAGAUGUUUCUAUCAGGUCUGUAAAAAGGUUUCCUAGUGUAAAUUAAGCUCAACAAAAACUCAUCUCGCUUGUUUUGUGACUCUUUUGAGAAAUAAUUCUGGAUUUUGUUCUGGGUUUCUUAUUUUAGAGGUUACAUAUCAGCUGACAGGGGUUAAAGGUUACAAUCUGAGGGAAUAGGUCUGACUCUAUAGAAAGCAUUUCUUUUCCUUUAAGAGAUCUUUAAAAAAAAAAUGAGAGUAUGAACUGAGAAAAGUAUCUUACAGAAUAUAUAUAUGUAUAUGUGAUAUGCAUAUACACGCAUUCAUAUAAAGAUAUAUGAAUUUCAAAUGUUUUAAGAGAUAAAUUGUUAGAAUUAUAAUAAAGAUAAACAAAGCUCUA